CCCGGGCCGCUCGCCCUGUCCUCCUUCCAGCACCACUUCCGGUUCCGCCAGUUGUCCGGGGUAACCGGCUGCGAGCGGCCGCCCACCCGCCCAAGAGCAGAUCCCGUCCGCGGCCAAUGUCCGGGAGGCAGCGACGCCGGCGCGCUGAAGGUCAAUGAAGUAGAGCUGGGCUCUUCACUUUUAACCAUAGGGAGAGUGGUGGUGGUAUUCCUCAACAAGCGUGCGAGAGCAGGUCCACGUGCGCAGCCCAAUCAUGAUGGAAGAGGAUAUCGAAGUGGCCAUCAAAGUGGUGGUUGUUGGCAAUGGUGCUGUUGGUAAAUCAAGCAUGAUACAGCGGUACUGCAAGGGUAUUUUCACCAAGGAUUACAAGAAAACCAUUGGGGUCGACUUUCUGGAAAGACAAAUUCAAGUUAAUGAAGAGGAUGUCAGAUUAAUGUUAUGGGAUACAGCAGGCCAGGAGGAAUUUGAUGCCAUAACAAAAGCCUAUUAUAGAGGUGCUCAGGCAUGUGUGCUGGUGUUCUCCACUACUGAUCGAGAGUCUUUCGAGGCUAUCUCAAGUUGGAAAGAGAAGGUUGAGGCUGAAGUCGGAGAUAUCCCAACUGUACUGGUACAGAAUAAAAUAGACCUCCUGGAUGAAACUGUACUUAAAAAUGAAGAAGCAGAGGGACUUGCCAAAAGGCUGAAACUUAGGUUUUAUCGGACUUCUGUGAAGGAGGAUUUGAAUGUGAAUGAAGUUUUCAAGUACCUGGCUGAGAAGUACCUUCAACGACUGAAACAGCAAAGCACUGAAGAAGAACAAGUGCACACAACAAGCAAUCGCAUAGGAGUAUUUAACACAACUGGCGCCAGUCACUCUGGCCAGAACUCAAGCACGAUAAAUGGCGGCGAGGUGAUCAGCCUUCGGCCGAACAAGCAGAGGACCAAGAAGAGCAGAAAUCUGGUGGGCCGCUGUGGGUGACUCUAGUCAUUCCCUUGCACGGCAGAGUCGAUGUUCAUUGUGUAUACAGCCGUUCCGAACAGUAAGGGGGUUUUAAAUUUAGAUAUUCUGAUACUUCAAUGGUGGUUAUAAUUACGGACGAUGCAGUACUUGGCAAACCAACAACUCUGCUUGUGCGGAGGCUUUCAGAACACUGUGUUGGUUGGGGAGAGUAUUGUCCGUUUGUGAACAGGAUGGGCGUUUGCAGGUUCAUCUGAUUGCUGCAGCUUUGUAUGGAUUGCUCCAAGUCCAUAGAUUUGUUUGCAAGUUAGUCACCUGCUACCUUUUGAAAAUCAGUGUGAUCGACUUAUGUGACUUCGGCCAGACCUACGAUAAUGUCUAACAGGAGGGCAGCAAUGAAUGUAAAGGAAUUGAUUGGCAAAAGCACUAUUCAGGAGAGAGGGUAGACCUGCACCGAACCAAGGAUCACGAGUUCAACUCUCAAUGCUGCCCUUUAGGGAAUUUACCUUUUCAAAGAAAAAAAGUUGCAAUGAAUUAUGAAAAUCUAUUGUCAUUUGAACAGAUAUAACGUAAACAUUGCCAUUUGUGCUUUACAUUUGUGGUUGUUAAUUGUCGGAACUAUCUCUGAUGAUUUGUGCAAUAUUUCAGUGUUGACUGCAGCCUGGACAAGGAUAUUUUGUUACUAGUAGAUUUUGUUUUUCAUAUUCAGAUGUUUUGAGUUGAUUAUUUGGAUAAUUUGUACAUAAAAAAAAGAAUCUCCAUUUGAUAUUCGAAUGUUUGUAUUCUGUAAUUUGCUGGUUGAAUGGUUAAGACAUUUUUUUUCAUUGAAUGUGUAAUCAUGUGUGUCAGUUGUGAGCGUGCAACAUUAAUAUCAUUGCCUGAAAGGACCUCCUUAUACAGAGCAGGAGGUUUGCACUAGUGCCAAGUCAGUACUGCAAUUAUCGCCCCUGCCUUUCAUUGUCCCCGCAGCAACGCAAGAAAUCCCAUACCUUGUCCCCGAAUGACCUGUGGCAGGUGGCUUUAUCUAAAGUUGCUCUGCUUGCCUGCUGGAAACACUACAGUAACCCGAACUCUCUGUGUAGCCAGAGAUCUCGAGUUCACAAUUGAAUGAUAGUUGUUUCCCUGUGACUCUUAAUGGGGUUAAAUUUGAAAAAAAAAAGAAAAUAUGGGAAAUAAUAAACAAGUCAGGCAGCAGCUGUGGAACGAGAAACAGAUGAGAAUAUCCAACCUGAAACGUUAAUUCAGUUUCUUUCUCCACAGCUGACUUUGAGGGUUUCCAGGAUUUUCUGAUUUCUAGCAUCUGCUGUUGCUGAUUUUUUUUUUCUUCCCCUGGGGUUGUCAUUGCAGAGUCUAGUUUAGUGGUGAAUGGAUGACGCUAGAUAGUUCAAGAGUCAAGAGUGGGAAAUGUGGGGUUUUGUGAAUUUUAGCACAAUCUGAAGAUGCUCUGGACACUUGGCCUAACUCAGAUUUUGAAGAAAAAGCAGAAAGCAGAAGGUCAACAGUUCUGGCAAACCCAUUAUAUUGAAUCUCCACAGCCACACAACACUCCAGCCCACCCCCUAACCAUGCAACCUCCUGGCAGAGGCAGAAGAAACCUAGCCGGUAAUAAGAGGGGAAAAUCAUGCUCCAUUUGCUCAGUGGUCUGGGAGAUCGCACGGCCUGGUUUUUAUUUUUCAACCACCUUCGCAAGUUUGAGUAUAAUAUAGGUGGCACAGCUGGUAGAACCAUUGACACACACCUCCAACAAGCUGGGUUCCAUCUAACCUCGGGUGCUGGAUGCAUGAAAUUUGCAUGGGAUCCCUGUGACCUUGCGGGUUUCCUCUGGAUGCCCUUGUUUCGCCCAUAUCCCCAAAAAAAGUGGGUCUGUAGGAUAAUCGGCCGCUGUAAAUUGCCCCUCGUGUGUAGUUGAGUGGUAGAAUCUGGGGACUGUUGAUGUGAAUGACAAUAAACAAUAGGUGCAGGAGUAGGCCAUUCGGCCCUUCGAGGCAGCACAGCCAUUCACUGUGAUCAUGGCUGACCAUCCACAAUCAGUACCCCGUUCCUGCCUUCUCCCCAUAUCUCUUGACUCUGCAGAGGAAUGCAGAGAAAUAAAAAUAGGUUAGUGUAGGAUUAGCGUAAAUGGGAGGUUAAUCUUCAUUUUGGUGGGCCGAAGGGGCUGUUUCCAUGUUGAAAUCAGGCAUCUUCAAUGCAGUAUGUCCCAUUCUGGAUAAUGCCAUAGGAAUAAAAUUGGUUCUGCUUCUCCUAUAGUUCCUCUGUGGUGUUUCUGGACAGUGAUUUAGGCUAUGCAAUAAAAUCAUGGUAUUCACUAACUACAUGGCCACUUGCAAGAACAUAGGAAUCCAACAUUCAGAAAUCCUCCAAAAAAAUUAAGAUUUUUUAAAAAGCUAAUGCAGGAAAUCUUAAACAAAACUCCAGGAAGGACAAGCAGCAUCUAUGGCAAGAGAAAAUGAACAAACAUUUCAAUUCAAACUGCCAGAGCAACCUGAAUUGUUGACCGUUACCUACAAUUUCUGUUUUGCUCCCAAACAUUGAGUCUAAUAUUGCAUCCUACAAAUCAGAGAUGAAUGAUGAGGCUCAUUCUGUCUUUAGCCCACUAAUAUCCCACAGAUGAUGUACAACCUUCUUCACCAUAAAUUAAUUGCAGCACAAAGCGUUGAGUUCUGGAAGGGAGGUAACUGACCUGUGGCAGCUCUAUAUUACUACCUGGUCCGGUCAUGUGGGCAGCAAUUAUGGACGUUUUUCUUGCGAGUUAAAGAUACUGGUGAGAUUUCGAGCAUUGGACAUAAUGCCCGAAAUUCAUUUGAAUGGUCGAUUUUUCCAGCUCUUACAUUGCCGAUCAGAUCUUCUUCUUCUUCCACCAUUGGGUUUUUUUUUUUGCCCAUUCCAUGAAUCUCUGUUUGUGAAUGGUGGUUUUCACAUAAUCAUUGUCCCUGCGGCAGUGAGACUCCCAAUUAUUUAAUUGAGGGUAAGGUUUCAGAUUCUGACCUUUAAAGUCUCCAACUUUUGACAAGAAAAGUUUCUAUUUUAAAUAUCAUUAGUGCUUCUUGAGGCUGGAAUUGUAUCAGUGGGUCACUCUCUGAGAGGUAGAGGUGGGCCUUACUUUUGUAGUCCUGAUGAGCCACGUUAAGUGCAAACUUCUAUUUUGAUAAGCCGCCUGUACUUUCCUGCAUGUUUCUUAGUAGAUUUUACCUCAAAACAAUGAAACGUGGAAUAUUUGGCUCCCAAGUUCAUAGAAGUUGCCAGCAUAGAUAGUUCUCAUUAUAAAAACAACAUGGUAUUUGUUGGUGGACCUGUUGCCUCACAGCAACCAAGACCCUGGUUCAACCCUGACUAUGGGUGCUGUCUGUGCGAUUUGGACAUUCUCCCUGUGACCGCGAGGUGGGAGAAUAGGGUGUUCCCUGGUUUCCCUCACAUCCCAAACUCGCAGGAGCUUGUGGGUUAAUUGGCCUCUAUAAUUGCCCCUCAGUGUGGAGAGAAUGGGAAAGUUGGAUAACAUUGAACUUGUGUGAAAGGGUGAUUGAUGAUCAGCAUGGACUCAGUAUACCGAAGGGCCUGUUUCCAUGCUGCAUCUCGAAACUAAAGUCAACGACAAGGUGUUAAGUCACUGCAUAAGAAUUUCUUUAAAGAGUUUUAUUACAAAGCUGCUGUAUGUUUGAUAUAUAUCUGGAAACUUUGGGCUGUGUUUAAAUGCAACUGGUGUUAAACCGACCUGUUAUUGCUGUCAAUCCCCUCGGUUUGUUUCCGUUAACUGUUUAUUUGAGGUCUGCAACUCUGCAAUUGAAAUGUUCAGUUGGUUCAUUGGUAAUUGGGUGCUGGGGAUUCGGGCUAUUUGGAGACCCUUUUAGCCAAUUAUCUCCAAAUACUGAUUGCCUCACUAAUCCCCACGAUAUCCCCGGUUGGUUCCCCAAAGACAGACUCUUCUCAAUGCUUAUUCAUUUGCACGCUGCCUCGAUAUGAACUGCAGUGAUCAGAAACAUAGACCAUGUGACUGGGACAUCAGCCGGGAGUAUGCUUUGGGAAACUUGACUCCAGGAUACCAGCCUGUAGCUCCCUUCAUGUUGCUGCUGUGACAUUUUGCACAGUUUGUUGGCUUUAUGCAUGCACAUUAUUUGGAUAUGCAAUUGACCUGUCCUCUGGUCAGUGGAGGGCUGCUGCGGAACCAUAAGAGUAACAGGAGCUGUUCAGCCCAUUACAUGUCUGUCAGCAUUCUCCUAAAUUCCAAUUAGGCUCAUUCCCUUUGCAUCUAAUAUCCAAUUAGACCUAUCUCUUGUCCUUGAAUUAUUUUCCCCUGAUUACGAGUAUCUUUUCCCAUUGCAUGGUGUAAAAUCUGUUGCCAUGGAACUUGCUUCCGCUAAUCUGCACCCAGAGGUGGGCCAGAGCACAUCUUGCUAGCAGCCAGACUGAUGGCAGAGACUCUGAGCCAAAGGCAGGAGUGCCUCUGGAAAAGGUACAAUGGAGCGGCAGCCCCCAGCUUUCUGAAGGCUGCGUGGAGUCAAAUUGCUACAGCUACGCCACGCUCCAUCUGGCACAAGAGAGUGUUUCGACUCCAAAACAGAAAUUUGCAAAAGCACACCCUGUGGGCUGGGCGUGGUGAGAUCAGGCAAGCAAAUAACUGGCAAAUAUCUUGUAUGUGUAGGCGUCUGAGCCUCUUCCAGCCUUCUAACUCAAUUUGAUGAAGUUCCAGAUUGUUGAAUAAAAUAUUUUCAAUUCCAAUCCUAUUAAUGUGCGAGUAUUAUAGACAAGAUGGAUUGCCGUGUGUGCACCUAUCCUGUCCCGCCUCCUCCUUUAGACCCCUGCUUGUUGUGAGCAGUCCACUUAGACUCUUGCCUGGCUUUAUCAUGGAAUUUGGGGUUUUUUGCCCAUCCCAUGAAUCUCUGUUCUCCGCUUCAUUCUCUGGGAAUAGUUUUCCCCAAUUCACUCUGUCGAAGCCCUUCAAGAUUCAUUGAACCUCCUACCAUUCUCUGUUCAACUGGGGACAUGAGGAGAGGCAAGGCAAGGUUUCAUUUCAAGUCCACAGCACAGAAACAGGGCAUUUGAUCAUGCAGGUCUUUGCUGGUGUUUCUGCUGCUCCUCACUCCACCCUGCCCCUUUGGCACAUGCUACCAUUCCUUCUCUAUUACAUAUUUACCAGCUUCCCUUCACAUCUAUCCAACUUUCAGCCUCAACUACUCUGCAUAACAAUUCCCAUUCCACUGACCAAGUAAAGAGGCUUCUCCUGGACUUGUUCUAAAUUUACAACAAUGAAUAAAAGCUAGCACGCAACAUUACCAUACAGGAACAGGCCCUUCGGCCCGUGACAUCUACAACUAUUGUGAUACCAAUUUUAAACUGUGCAUGAUCUUUAUGCAUCCAUUCCCUGUCUGUCCAUUUGUCUGACUAAAUGCCUUUUAAACAUUGCUAUUGAUUCUGCUAUUUAGAAUUCUCCAGCCCCCCCCCCCCCCCCCUCCCAACUACUUUGCAACCUUCUCCAGACCAACAUCUGGUGGAUGAAAACCCGAGAUGCUCUCUCAGAAUCGUGAAAGGGGGAUUAGCUCCAACCACUCAUCGAGGCAGUGACUGAUAAAAGUUAUGGGGUACUAACUCUUAGCAUAGAAACCAGUGGAUGUAAUCAGGGGUGUAAAACUGAGCUGUUCCUCCUACUCCAACCCAACACUGGCUCCAAUCGAGACACUUGCAUAUCUGUUCCAUCUGAAAUCAGCAAAUUGUAAGAUCUGGGAUUUAAUAGCAGGCUUUAUGCAUUACCAAAUACUGCACUUACUUAGCCACCCACGUUCUCUCCGAAAGGGAAAAACACAGGAUCAAUGGAGGAGCGCAUGUCUCCAGGCUAACCAUGAUCAAUAAUUUAAAGCCUAGACAUAAAACCCAAGGGCUAACUUUCUGAUGUCAUACCAAAUGGAAGUGCCCAUUUAAAAAUACAUACACACUGCCUCAGUUAGUUUCGGCUCAGUUGUGCAAACUGCAUCAUAAUUUCCAGUCACCUUGAAGGUCUUGAACUAUUCCCUGUUUGCUCCUGCUGAUCUUUUGUUUUUUAUACAAUUAAUAGCCUAUUAUUUUUAAGCAGGAUUUAGGUGUGACGCAUGAACUUUUGAAAACCGGACUUAGUUGUUAUGCAUGAAUAGGUUUCCAACUGAUAAAUGAAGCAUAAAUGCUGCUGUGUAUUUUAUGCUGACGGAAUCAUAUCAUAAAAACACUGUGAAUUUUAUUGAUGUAACGUUCCAAAGGCAUGAAAUCUUGGUUGUGUUGUGUUGUGUCCCCACACCUGCUGUGAUCAGGUACAGUAAUACACUGUAUUGUAACUUCCCUUCACACAUGGAGCAUUUUAUCGAUGAUUUCACAAUGGGCUGUUCCACUUGUAAAGGAGCCAAUUCAUUAUUGAAACAUUGUGCUGCUGUGAUUGUUCAAGCGCUAAUGUGAUGAAUAUUGAGAUCUCCCAGCAUACUAGUCCUAAUAAGUUGUUACUGAAUUUAUACCGAAAACUGU